CUCGACGAGGGAGCAGCGUUCAAUAUUGCUUCUGAGAUAGUACCAUCAUAGCAGGAGUGUGCUUCGCUCUUGCGGCCUCUGGUCUAUCAGUGUAAGCCUUCAUAUCGAUUUGAGUAUCCUCCAAAACCAAGAAAGUAGUUUUCAGGUCGCGUACUACACGACAGGAGGUUUGAUUUUACUUCAGCUGUCAACCAGGAUUGAUUUUCACCCAUUUUCUUUCGUUGCAACAAGAACAAACAGUCGAAGACGAAAAAUCAAAAUGCAAGUGGAAAUUCUCAAAAAGGACGGCAAGGUGAUGUUCGUGGAGUCGGGCAGCGACUUCGCGGACUUCCUCACGGGCACCUUGAAAGCGCCCCUCGGGUCGCUGGUCGGGCUGAGUUCCGCCGGUUGUGGGGUCUUCGGAAAUUUACAAAGCUCGGUGAACAGGGUCCGGGCGCCACUGUUUCUUGGCAAGAAGGAGCAGGAUACCGCCGUAAAGCCGCUGGAUUUGCAAGCUAUUGCGGAAGGAAAGUCGCAGACGUGGCUCGCGACAGAAUUGGCCGUUGUUGGGAACUCGCGGUAUGUGAGUCAGCGGUCGGUAGUAAACGGUGAAGAGUUCAAAUGCACUGUUGGUCAAGUGCCCGGGAGCUGGCAGGGGGUCGCCUUCAGUAAAGUGGAUCAGUUCGAGCUCUCUAUGGACUACCAGUACUGGCAAAGUUACAACGUGAUGAUGGGCUUUUUUCCAUCGGACAGCGCGGAUGUUGGAACUUUGGUGCAAAAUGGAGGAUCACCAUUUUCCCAGGGCUUCUUCCUGUACUUGACACCUGGCGGUUUGUACUUACACAGCAAAAAUGGCGACAAUGGCACGCCGUUCCACUUGCAAAAUGGACAAACGUUUCCUGGCGCAGCAAGCCGGGUCGUGCGUAUGCGGUAUGGCAAAAGCAAUGGCAAUGGUAGGAAGCAGCUGGAGUUCGACUUCUUCAGUUCGGGGCAGUGGGAAACUGCUUCGUUCACGGGGCAGCUGCCAUCCGAGGAGGUGUUCCCAGCUCUGCUGUUCUAUUCGAAUGUGAAUCACAAUGCCCAAGUCAUGAUCAAGCCGUACAGUGGUGCCGCGGUGCCCAAAGUUUUCCACUCACUGACGAAGUUUCUGGUUGCCAACGACCUGACACUGUGCGAAAGCACCUCGCUGAAAGCCUUGGAAAUCCUGCGGAAGUUCGGAGUGGGCAACGCCGAUGAACUAGAGAUUGAAUCCGUCACCAUUACCGAGGACGUCUUGCGCCGGUUGCUGGGCCGAGCGAUUUCCGGGCACCAGGACGUCUUGCAAUUCGCCUUCGAGCAGGGGCUUGCAGAAGCUGCUUCGGCGCAGGGAGGAGCGUAGGAACUCCGAGGGGACGUCGAAGACUCGGUGGACCGCUACAUCCACGUCGGUAGUCGUUUUUCUCUUCGGCAUGAAUUUGUGUGCAGCUGCAACACUGAAACCAAAUAAGAAAAAGCAUUUAUAUGCGCAACUGAUCGAAAUCGAACUCGUGUAAAGUAUUCAGCUCUGAUGUUGACACUCACACUGAUGCAAGACUGCUCUGAGGUAUCAAAAUUCGAAACAGUUUUGCUGUUUCCUCAUUCAAACAUGGCUUCUUCUGCAAUUUAACAAACCAGUAUUGCCCCCUCAUUCGAAUCAUUCGUCGCGAAUCAAAAGACGAAAAAUGCGAGCUACUCGAUUUGUUUUUUACACCAGCAUGCGCAUACAGAUAACCAGGCUCAAUGCAAUUGGCAACACUUCUGAU